UAAUUAUAAGUUUAUAAUUACAGUAUUUGGUUAUUCAUGUGCACUCGGUGUACUGUUGAACGCAUAUCUCCCUGUUAUCCUCGAUUCCAUAGCUCCACUAAACUUUUCUCGCAUACGAAAACUUCCGAUCGAUGUAGAAUAUUUUGUUGAUGAACAGGAAUACUUUUAUGUUUUAUUCUAUCAUGUAUAUAUAACGUUGAUUUUUGGCAUUACUAUAGUCUUAGCUACGGAAUCGCUUUACGUAACGUACGUUAUUCAUACUUGUGGGAUGUUUAAAAUUGCCAGUCAUCGAUUGCAUGUUUACGAAAAAGAUGUUCUACAAAUCUCUCCUUCCGUAAAAAAUUUAGUGAUCCAUACGAAAUUAGUUGCAGCAAUAGAGAUGCACAAAAGAGCUCUCAAGUUUAAGGACAUUUUAUGGUCUACAUUAGCAAAGUCCUAUUUUAUUAUGUUAUCAAUCGGAGUGGUAUCGCUAACUGUUAAUUUAUUUCGUAUUUUUCAAGCAAUUGUCAUAAUAAGAAAUGUCGAAGAGUUACUAACAUCCAGCGUAUCUACAAUUGCCCAUUUCGUUUACAUAUUUGCCGGCAAUUAUGCUGGCCAAGUUGUCAUAGAUCAUAGUUUAGAGGUUUAUGAAAAUGUAUGUGAUUCUCGAUGGUACCACGUACCUGUUCGACAGCAAAAAUUAAUUUUACUCAUUCUGCAUCGCAGCAUGCACAGUUGCAAACUGGUCACCGGUGGCACUUUCGUUUUAUCGUUAGAAGGAUUUGCAUCGCUUCUCGCUACUUCAGUAUCGUAUUUCACAGUACUAACAUCUGUCCAGCAUUAACAGUGGCAACCGUAAGAAUAAUUGCGUUUAUAGACCACGUUAAUUUAUUAUAUCUAAUAAUCAUAUACUAAUCUGCUGGCGUUGUCUAUAAUUACUGUAUAUGAUUUGACUAUUUCCUCACAUUUUCUUGCCAUCAAAAGAUGAUAAGUGAUAUUUUAAUCGAUCUAAUUCAAAUUUAAUCGAUGAUUAAUUAUGUUACAAUAUAAUUCGAAAUAAUGUGAUUUUUAAUUUAU